UGCGUGCAAUAAUAUUCUUAUUUUGUACUUUUUAUCAGAGUAUAAAAAGAGCGCGGGAUUCGUUGUACUGUCAUUUACUAGCAAUCCAACCACGUAAUGGUGAAUAUUAAUCCGAUUAAUGUUAUUAAUCUUCUGCUUGAUACCUUUUGCAUCAAUUAUUGGCUGGAAAGUUUGAUCACUGAUGCGUAAAUUCAAUUAAAAGAGAAUUUAUCAGAGAUUCUUCGUAAAGCUAUGGAAGAUAAUUCAUUUGAAUGGGAACAGUUCAAUCAGUUAGACUUCGAGAAACAUUUUAGUGUUCAUAAUGCUCAUAUCGUUGAAGAUCAGGAUACAGAAGAUAAAGAGUAUGCAGCGCCGACAACCACUGUAUGUUCACAGAAUGAAGACGAAAUUGAUUUCAAAUAUAAAAAGGAUGCCGUUGAAUAUUGGACAAGUGGGAAGACAGGUAAACUGUCAAUAACAUCGGUAAAACAUCGUUUUAGAAAAGUUACUUCAGAGCGACAACUACGGCGCUGGAUGGAUCAAGUACGUAAAGGUGGAUCACGCAAAGAUAAAUUACUGCGUAUAAGUGAUCAUACAUUGCAAAACUUUAUAGAGGCUAUGGACAAACAGUUAAUAGUUCACGAUGUAGACCUACAACGUUGGGCUUUAAACGCAAAGAGAAUGGUUAAUCUUAAGGGUUUUGUCGCCUCUUCCAGUUGGGUAUGGAAGUUUAAAAGAAUGCACGGAAUUGUAUCCCGUAAGGUUACCAAAUUUGUUACGAAACAUGAAAUUUAUUCGAGAAACGUGGAAAGUGUACAAUCUGAAGUUUUCAUCAAUGAAGUGAAGUCGCGCCUAACAGCAAACGGACCCGAAAAUGUCUUUAAUUCCGAUCAGAGUGGAUUCAACCUCGAACAUCACUCUGGUAGAACGUUGGCUUACCGAGGGUCAAAAAAGGUGGAAAGUGUAGUUCAGUCUGUGUCAUCGACAACUCAGAGCUAUACGAUUCAACCUACGAUAUCCGCGGCUGGCAAACUCCUUUCUCCUCUUUUAAUUGUACUUAAGGAAGUUGGCGGAGAGUUUGGACUGAGGGUUCAAGAAACUAUGUUUAGGCCGAAAAAUGUUUUUAUACUGGCUUCCACGUCUGGGAAACUAACAUCAGCCCAUCUGAAAACUUGGCUGAAGGAUGUGUUUUUUCCUAACGUCGGAUCGUCAAGUGUUUUAUUGUUAGACUCCUGGGGAGGUCAGUGUUCUAAAACGGUUUCAGAGGCUACGCCACAUGAUAAAGAAUUAAAGCACCUUAUCAUACCGAAAGGCACAACGGGAAGAAUUCAGCCACUAGAUGUUUACGGAUUUCGAGUUUGGAAAAAUUUUGUUAAACGUUUCUCGGACAUUGUUAUACUUUACGAUUACAAUGUUAAUCUUCAUUUAAGAAACAAUAUUAUUAAGCUUCAAUCUCUGACACACAAUCAGUUCUCUUCCCCAAGAUUUACAGAUCUUUUCAAAUACGCGUGGUUUAAGAGCGGCUAUAUAGAAAACAGACCUCCUCAUUUUGACAAUCCAGUAGAUUUUUGUUUCGGUGCAAAUUCAGCACCAAUAUGUGACAUUUGUGGAAAUUCUGCUAUUAUUACCUGUGCGUGGUGUAAAAAAUCAUUUUGCUUCCAAAAUUUCUUUACAGAAUACCAUUUCUGUGAAACUUAUGUUCCGUAAAUUCAGUCUUCAUGCUACUAAUAUUACAUUUCUUGUAUCAUGAUUGGGAUAAAUAAAUUCACUAACGAAAAGUACACACGCCAAGGGUAUUUAAUUUUCAUUCGAAAUGAAACGAUAUCAAUUAUUAAAUUUGACGAAAUCAUCCAGGUCCGAUAGCGAUCAUAUACAUGCAUAAAAGUAAAGAAACUGGUAGCCUUCUCGAAUUUAAUGUCUACUACUUCUGUAAUUUUUAUAUCAAUUUUGUUCUUAACGUAUAUUAAUUUCCAAGCAACAAAUUACUUCCUAACAAUGUCACAUUGUAAUGCAUACUAAUGUAAUUGAGAUUACUAUUGCAAAUUUUAGAUGAUUUUGUUAUGAUUAAUAAAUGCGUAUCUCAUAAAAAUAGUCAUCCGUAUGCCUAUACAAUAUACAUGUGUACAUUGUGACCCUUUUAACGGGGUGUACUCUAUGUAUACAAUACAAUUAUAAUGUCGGUGAGCGCCAGCCACUUGUUGUGGCGAUUGAAAUAAAAUAAUUUUCAACA